UUUUUUACGCUGCCGUCGUAAAUUUUAAAAAUCAGUUUAAAAAUAGGCGUAAAUAAUUUUAAAUUCCUAAUUUCAAAUCCAGUAAAAAAAAAAAUGGGAGUAGAAAAACAAGUUUUAAGAUCUACAAAAAGUCAAAGAGUGUCGUUCGUGCGUUUUGUCAAUCAAGUCAAGCGGCUAGUUGCCAUUUUUUGGAUAAAUUUUGAGGGUAUCCGCGUCCGGUAUACCCAGCUGAAUUACGGCGACCACAUCACCAUCUACACUUACGUCGGUCACCCAUGGGCCUUUGCCGAUGCGGACAAUGAUGAAUAUCUGGUGACAAGCAAGGGCGAGGAAUACUAUAUGCCAAAACCUUGUGAUGGCAAAAAUGUUGAAACCGUUUUUAUCCGACUGCCUGUUUAUUCGUUGAGAGAGUGCUGUUUAACAGCAGCCAAGAAAUAUUAUCUUCCAGAAGAACUGCAAUCCAUGCUGAUACCUGAUCAGAUCAAAUUUGACCUGCGGAAUGACAAAAAAAAACAGGCAAACAGACAUGCCAGCAGUUUUUACUUCAAUUUCAUUAUUAACGAAAGAAUUCGAUGUAGAGUUAAACAUUGUAAGUGUGACGAUGCAUUCGAACUACAUUAGAUAGAAUUGAACAUUCCAGGGAAAUAUUAUUAUCGGUGUAUUGUCUGUACUUUUGUACAUUUCCUUGUCUUAACUCCUUGCCCACAAGAAGGAAUAUUUCUUGCUACAUCUAUCUGCACGAACAUGAGUGACAGUAAAAUAAUGAAAUCAAAUGAAAUUCAAGAGACAAUCACGUCUAAAUACAGACUGUUCAUAGGUUGGAGUUGUAUUUUUACAGGUGUGUUUCUUUUUGAGAGCGUGUUAAACAUUUACUUAACGUAGGAAACCAACAAAAACCGCGGCAAAUAUUUUUAUUUUUGCGAUCUUCUGUUGAGUACCUCGAUUUCAAGUUCUGCCACCAGACCACUCAUAUCCAUCUCUCUCUCGAUGUCAUGUAGUUCUCUCAGAUGCAUCGAAUCGUCGCUGAAUAAUUCUCUCUUCUCUGUCUCCUCCACGUGAUGCCAUGUUGCCGAUGAUGUCGUUGCUGCUGCUGCGUUUCUGUGGUUCAGUUGUUGGCCUCCUGCACCAAGUUUUUGUUCCUCUCCUCCUCUCGCUAAUUCACUCGUUUGGCUGUUC